UUGGGAGGGCUUUUAGCAUUAACGGGGAUAUUUUUUUGAAAAGAAAAUAAAAUUAGGGUUUUUCAAUUUCAAAAAUGGCUACGGAAUCUUCAGAAUCGGAAGAAGAAGGGAAGAUCACAGGAGGAAACCAACACCUAAUCGUUGAAGAUGACCUGAGAGAAAUGGGCAAAAAAGCAGCUUGGAGUGUCAGCUCUUGUAAAACUGGCAAUGGCGUCUCUUCUCUCCGUGACGACAAUCUCGAAACCUAUUGGCAAUCAGAUGGUGCCCAGCCUCAUUUAGUUAACAUUCAGUUCCAGAAGAAAGUUAAGUUGCAGCUAGUUGUACUUUAUGUGGAUUUCAAGCUUGAUGAGAGCUACACACCAAGUAAGAUCUCUAUUCGAGCUGGUGAUGGCUUUCAUAACUUGAAGGAGAUUAAAACUGUGGAACUUGUCAAGCCUACUGGUUGGGUUUAUCUUUCAUUAUCUGGAAAUGAUCCUCGUGAAACUUUUGUCAGUACAUUUAUGUUGCAAAUUGUGGUUUUGUCAAAUCACCUUAACGGGAGAGAUACUCAUGUUCGCCAAAUCAAAGUUUAUGGACCUCGACCGAAUCCUAUUCCACACCAACCAUUCCAGUUUACGUCAAGGGAAUUCAUUACAUACUCCACUGUGAGGUAAUAGAUGUGACGUAAUAGCUAGCUUGGGGUAGAAAUGAACAUGGCAUAUGAAAUGUAGAAUAUUGUCUCUGAUUGAAGAGAACCGAGCUCGUUAGAACUAUGAGGAGUCUGUAAAUCUCUCAAUGUUGGUAGGAACAAAAAGAGAAUGAUAUUGUCAGUAUUCACUCCCUUGUGCUUGUGCUGUUCAGAUGGUACUAGCUUUGAUAGUAUCCCAUUUCGGGUUCUUUUCUGAUCAUUUUCCUCUGUCUUUAGACAUUGUGACAUUCUAUUAUUCAAGAAAAGUCCAUAUAUGUUUUGAUUUGUCA